GUUCAUUUAGAUGUUUUCUCCCAUCUUUGCCCUUUCAUUCCAUCCUCUGUCGGAAUGAACAAGUGAACGCUUUGUUGCUUGAGCUUUUUCUUCUCCUCGUCGUCGGACGCGUCCAGUCAAUCAUCUGCUGUUAAUCGGCUUUGUUAUGGCCCCUUAAACCCUUCAGCGCGAUGAAACUCAAUCCCAUUAAAGUGUCCUUGACCAUAUGAGCACAAGGGAGAAAGGAGGAGGGUGUGAAUAAUUACAAAUGAAAAGCUGGCUGGCUCGGACCCUCGAGGACCUCCUGGCGGGACAGCUUGCAUUCGCGGCGAGGCCUCCAAGCUGGACUCAACUGGUGCUUCUGCCGCUAAGCCUGAUGGACCCGAUGCUUUUACAAGGCCCACGCAAACAUCUCCCCCCCCGACACGAGGACAUCAAAACAGACCGACCGUCUGGACGCACAAGCAUCCGUUUCUGCUGUUCCUUAGAAAAAAACCGCCUCAGGCUGGGACGAAGAACUUCAUUGAGUUAUUAUAUAGUGGUCUUAAGCUUCCCGAGCUUCCACAAUACUCGGCCCUCUACUGUCGGUGCCUCUGCUGAAGAACCAAGAACAAAGGAAUCCAUCAGGUUUUAUACAUUUUCCAUCCCACAGGCAGCAGAGUCGCCUCUCAUUAGUUGAACAUGCUGGUUUCUGUUUAUUAUAACCGUCCAUUACGUAGUAAUAACGCAGUAACUUCCACAAAGGAGGAGUUUUUUUAGUACAACUUGGUAUCGGGUGCGGCCUCCAUUUUGUUUACUGGGGGGGGCCCGUUGUGUACACCCGGUGCCUCUCUCUGCUAUGUCACAGGGCGGUUGGUCCCUGUUGCGUCCGACCCACGGGGUACAGCAGUUUACACAAAGUGAACCCGCUCUUCAGCUUCCACUGACUAAUCCUCCAGGGGAGUUGGCAGUUCGACGUGUCCCUUGAACUGGUCGCAUGCAGGGAAUCCGAAGCGGUGCAGCGUAACAGUCUGUGCUCGUCACACCACUGUGAGGCGACUGCAAGACGAGCAUCCGCAGACUCCCGAAGUGGCGCGUUGAGGCGGGACGGCGACAUGAAGGUGAUAGCCCUGCUCGUCGUUGGCACCUCUGCUCUGAUUUCGGGGAGUUUCGGGAAGCCGCAGUUCCCCGAACAAGAGAAGGAUCCCAAGUUUUGGAACACGUGGGCUCAGCGGACGCUGAAGAGCGCUCUGACGCUGCAGAAGUUCAACACAAACAGAGCGAAGAAUCUCGUCUUCUUCCUCGGAGACGGAAUGGGCGUUCCCACGGUAACAGCUGCUCGAAUACUGAAGGGUCAGCUGAAUGGACAGAGUGGGGAAGAGACGCAGCUGGAGAUGGACAAGUUCCCCUUUGUGUCGCUGGCCAAGACCUACAACACCAACGCGCAGGUGCCAGACAGCGCCGGCACGGCCACGGCUUACCUCUGCGGGGUCAAGGCCAACGAGGGCACGGUGGGCGUGAGCGCGGCCGCCACCCGCACACAGUGCAACACCACCAGGGGCAAUGAGGUCACCUCCAUCCUCAGAUGGGCCAGCGAUACAGGCAUGUCGGUGGGAAUCGUGACGACGACCCGGGUCAACCACGCGACCCCCAGCGCUGCUUACGCCCACAGCGUGGACAGAGACUGGUACUCCGACAACGAGAUGCCGGCUGAAGCCCUGAAGAACGGCUGCAAAGACAUCGCAAGGCAACUCUUCGACAAUAUCCCCAACAUCGCCGUGAUUCUGGGUGGUGGGAGGAAGUAUAUGUUCCCCAAAAACACGUCUGACGUGGAGUACCCGGGCGUGGCGAAGCACAGCGGCACACGAAACGACGGAAGGAACCUGGUGCAGGAGUGGAUCGACGGGAAGAAGGCUAAAAAAGGUCAUUAUGUAUGGAACAAGAAGCAGCUGCUAUCACUGAACCCCAACAACGUGGAAUACCUACUGGGUCUCUUUGAACCUGCGGAUAUGACGUACAACUUGGAGAGGAACACUGACACGGACCCCUCGCUGCCGGAGAUGGUGGAGGUGGCCAUUAAGAUCCUCAGGAAGAACCCAAAGGGAUUUUUCCUGCUGGUGGAAGGAGGACGCAUUGAUCACGGGCACCACGAGGGAAAGGCCAAGCAGGCUCUUCACGAAGCUGUGGAAAUGGACAAGGCCAUCGGCCUGGCGGGCCUCAUGACCAGCGUCCACGACACGCUGACAGUAGUUACCGCCGAUCACUCUCACAUGUUCAACUUCGGGGGCUACACGGGCAGAGGAAACCCCAUGUUCGGUCUGGCCCCAAUGCUGAGCGAUAUUGACCAGAAGCCCUACACCUCCAUCAUAUAUGGGAACGGACCGGGUUACAAACUCGUUAACGGCGGGAGGGAGAACGUCUCCACUGUGGAUUAUCAGGAAAACAACUACCAGGCCCAGGCGGCUGUACCUCUGACCAUGGAGACUCAUGGAGGAGAAGACGUGGCUGUGUUUGCUAAAGGGCCCAUGGCCCACCUGCUGCACGGGGUCUACGAGCAGAACUACAUCCCCCACGCCAUGGCGUACGCGAGCUGCAUCGGCGAGAACCGGGAGCACUGCAGCGGCAGGUCGGCGGCUCUGCGCCCCGUCCUCUCCAGCGCGGCCGCCCUCCUCACAGUCACCCGACUUCUGUGCUGACCUCCCCCUGUUAAUUACCCCGUUCGAACUUCACUUUCUGCUAUUUUGAUCAUGGAAAAAAUAAAUUAAAGAUAAGAUUAUCAGUUUAAGGCAGUUCGGCUGAAUGUGUCAAAGGAUAAACAAAAGAAUUGUUCCCCCUUUAGGAACUGAAUUGAUUGUUGCAAAGAUCCCCACAAAAUGAGAGAUCUCAAUUGUGAUUUGUCUGUUGAGUUUUUAUCGGGGCUUUUAGGAUCCAUUAAGUCUCCUUGUAAAAGGCAAACCCUUUAGGUUGGAUUGCAUAUGCAAAUGUUUGAAUACGUUUCAUAUUUUGCAUGUGCAACAUAAUCUACCUCAUUACCUUGCAAAAGGAUGUAAUUGUACUUGUGGUGCAUUCGGAAGGGCACAUUUUCAGAGGCAACUGAAUGUGUGAUUGACAAAAGCGUAAAAGAAUAUAUCUCUCGUCAAUGCAUUCUUUAAAAAACAAGGAAAAAGCCCACCUGCCAUUGUUGUGUCCAGUAAUAGAAGUUGUAAAACCUCUUGAUCAUUAAAACAAAUGUCUUCUGAU